GCCAAAAUUAAUUAAGUCAUGGAAAGCAAAAUGAGCUUCCUUGUGCCAUCUUUUCUUCUUCUUCUCUUCUCUCUCAUUCCUACUUCUACUCAACUAAGCAGGAACUUCUAUAGCAGAACAUGUCCUAAUGUGGAAUCUAUAGUCCGUUCUGCAGUCCAGCAGAAGUUCCAGCAAACUUUUGUGACUGUUCCUGCAACCCUUCGGCUCUUCUUCCAUGAUUGCUUUGUUAGGGGAUGUGAUGCUUCGGUGCUGCUAUCAUCGCCAAAUAACAAUGCGGAGAAGGAUCACCCGGAUAAUCUUUCGCUUGCCGGAGAUGGUUUCGACACGGUUAUGAAAGCAAAGGCUGCUGUUGAUAGUGUUCCUCAAUGCAGGAACAAAGUUUCAUGUGCUGAUAUACUAGCUCUUGCUACUAGAGAUGUUGUAGCCUUGGCAGGAGGACCAUUUUAUGCAGUGGAAUUGGGUAGGCGGGAUGGCAGGAUUUCUACCAAGGCUAGUGUUCAACACAAGCUGCCAAGUCCUAACUUCAACUUAGACCAGCUUAAUUCCUUGUUUGCUUCGCAUGGUCUUACCCAAACUGACAUGAUUGCUUUAUCAGGUGCACACACACUUGGGUUUUCUCAUUGUAGCCGAUUCUCCAAAAGAAUCUACAACUUCAGUCCCAGAAACAAGAUUGACCCAACACUCAAUCUUCAAUAUGCACUUCAGCUGAGGCAAAUGUGUCCUAUAAAAGUAGACCCAAGAAUUGCGAUUAACAUGGAUCCAACCACACCUCAGAAAUUUGACAAUGCCUACUAUGGAAACCUAAGGCACGGAAAAGGAUUGUUCAUCUCAGACCAGAUCCUGUUUUCUGAUCCAAGAUCAAGACCCACCGUCAAUCUUUUUGCAUCAAAUAGUGCAACUUUUCAGAAUGCUUUUGUGGCUUCAAUGACCAAGCUUGGUAGAGUUGGAGUCUUGACAGGAAAUCAAGGUGAAAUCAGGAGAGAUUGUACCCGCAUCAAUUAGAAGAUUAGAACUGCUUUAAUUAUUAUUUCUUCUUAUUUUUAGGGUAGAUUUUCCCUUUUUUUGUGUGUUUUCUUAAAUUGAAAAAAAUGUUUUGAAAGUACCAUUGCUAAAUUGUAAGCGGAACCAAUAAUGUUUGACCUUUAUUUUUCUUUUAAUAAAAUUAUUAUGCUUAGUAUAAA